CUAAACCGAUCUGCCAGUAGGCUUGCUUGCGAAGGAUGGCUAGUGAGCUCAUGGCAGCAGUGAUCCCGCUGCUGUUCUACAUUUUUUCUCCCUGUGUUUUUAUAACCCAGAAGGACAGCUCCUGGGGCGUCAGAUGGAAUAAGUUUGGAUGGAGGUUCAUGCUGCUGCUUCCUGUGUAAUAUCCUCAAGGAGGCCUGGGAAAUGGUACUGCACCCGCCUGGCCUGCGUCUGGAACUGUCGUCCCCAGAACAGCACCAGCUGGGAACACGGGCUGAGCAGUGACUUUCCCCUCAGACCAGAUCCAAUCUGUUGCCUCCCGAUAAAAGGCUGCAGGCUCCCGGGGAGCGAGGAUGGCAGCAUGGGACGAGCAGGCAGAAAGUCGUAACUCUGGCUCUGGCAAGCUCUUGCCUUUCCCCUCUGCCCUGGCUGCACCCAGCAAUGGCUGAGGGGCCGGUCUCACAUUGGAGAUGAGUGGACCUUUCCCCCUGGAAGUAGGCUUUAGCACUGACCUUGGACUAUGACAUCCUAUCGACCCAUUCCGCAGGCAAGUGUGGAUGUUGGCGGACCGGCGCUGAAGGGGAGUGACGGUCUGGCUGGCACGCGGGGGGAUUACUUCUCGCCAGGCUUCUGGGCGCAGAAUGGUGGCACCUCGCAGCCAGCUGGGGACAGUCUGCCUGGGCCACGGCCCACCACCACCACCACCACGCCUGCCAUGCCAAAGAUGGGCGUGCGCGCCAGGAUUGCCGACUGGCCCCCAAAGAGAGACACAUUGAAGGAUCCGGCCGCUCCAAGCCCUUCACGGGACAUGGAAGCUUCGACAGGCAUCAGCAGGACUUUUCUUUCACCCAAGGGCUUUCAGAAUGGGCAGCAGCCGCCUCCCAGCAGCCUGGGUUCCUCAGGGCUCAGGGGCUUGCACCGGCUCUCCAGGAGGAGAUCCAAGGACGUGGAGUUCCAGGAGGGUUGGCCCCGAUCGCCUGGCAGGGCCUUGGUCCCGCUGCGCAACAGGAGCAACAGCGAGAUCACCCUCAGCGAGUGUGACUUGGAAGAGGCCCUAGAGCCCCGUGGGGCCAAGCUGGGGAGCGGCCUGCCCCUCUUCCGCGAGUACGGCAGCACCUCCUCCAUAGACGUGCAGGGCGUCUCGGAGCAGAGCUUGUUCGACAUGCUCAGCGAGCUCCGCGGCGAGAAGCCGGCCCAGCGAUGCCUGCCGCCCGAGAAGCCGAGCGACCUGCUGCUGGCCAACACCAGCACAGCCUCCAGCCUGCGAGCGGCUGGCAGCACCCAGGCGGACAUGAGGAAUGGCCUGGGGCUCCCCCCGGAGGACUCCCCCAUUCCUCCGAAGGAGAAGCCCCGCAAGAAGGGCCCCAAGGGGGAGGCAGGAGGCGACUCCAUCUUCAAGAAGCUGCGGAGCAGCCGGAGCGAUGGGGAGCCCGGGAGGGCCUUGGCGGAGCAGGAGGAGGGUGGCAAGGCCUGGCUCUGCCAGAAGAGCUUCGCUCACUACGACGUGCAGAGCCUGCUCUUCAACCUCAGCCAGGUGGCCGCCAACCGAGUGGUGGUGGCGCAGCGGCGAAAUACCACAACGGGUGCCUCAGCUGCCUCUGCCAUCUCAGCUGCCCUCUCCCGGGCCUCCGGCCUGGGGGGGCUGGACCCGGUCUUCGCCAGCACCGGAGACCUCAACUACAAGGAGAGCCUGGAGCACGACCUCGGGGACAGUAACAGCAGCGACCUGCUGCUCAGCUGCCCCCACUUCCGCAAUGAGGUGGGUGGCAUGUGCGAACGCACCGCCAGCUUCUCCAGGGCGUCGGCGGGCUGCCCCGGCGCGGCUGCGGGCGAGGGGGGCUUCCUGGAGCCCUCCCUCAACGCCUACCGCACCAACGCCAGCAUCUCCGUGCUGGAGGUGCCCAGGGAGCUGCAGAGGAGUCCCAGCUGGCUAACACGCUACAACGUGGAGCACGUCGACCUGGGGGCCCGCUACUACCAGCUCUAUUUCCAUGGCAAAGAGCAUUCCAACUACUUUGGCGUGGAUGAGAAGCUGGGACCAGUGGCUGUGAGCAUCAGGAGAGAGAAGUUGGAGGAUCAUAAAGACCAUGGGCCCCAGUACCAGUACAGGAUUAUCUUCCGGACCAGCGAGCUCGUGACCCUGCGAGGUUCCAUCCUGGAGGACGCGACUCCCACCACCACCAAGCAUGGGACGUUGCGUGGCCUCCCCCUGAAGGACGUGCUGGAGUAUGUGGUCCCCGAGCUGAACAUUCACUGUCUGCGGCUUGCCAUGAACACACCGAAAGUCACAGAGCAGCUCCUGAAACUCGACGAGCAGGGACUCUGCAGGAAGCACAAGGUGGGGAUCCUGUACUGCAAAGCAGGCCAGAGCUCAGAGGAGGAGAUGUACAAUAAUGAGGAGGCCGGGCCAGCCUUCGAAGAGUUCCUCUCCCUCAUCGGGGAGAAGGUCUGUCUAAAAGCCUUCAGCAAGUACGCUGCCCAGUUGGACACAAAGACCGACUCUACCGGCACCCACUCUCUGUACACCACGUAUCAGGACUACGAGAUCAUGUUCCACGUCUCCACCAUGCUUCCCUACACACUCAACAAUCGGCAGCAGCUACUCAGGAAACGGCACAUAGGAAACGACAUAGUCACAAUCAUCUUCCAGGAGCCUGGAGCGUUGCCUUUCACCCCCCAGAAUAUCCGCUCACACUUCCAGCAUGUCUUUAUUAUUGUCAGAGUCCACAGCCCUUGUACCGAUAACGUUUGCUAUAGCGUGGCUGUGACCAGAUCCAAAGAUGCUCCCCCCUUCGGCCCCCCCAUCCCCAGCGGCGUCACCUUCCGCAAGUCUGACAUCUUUAGAGACUUCUUACUGGCCAAGGUGAUCAAUGCCGAGAACGCCGCACACAAGUCUGACAAGUUCCACACCAUGGCAACGCGCACCAGGCAGGAGUACCUGAAGGACCUGGCAGAGAACUGCGUCACUAACACACCCAUCGACUCCACAGGGAAAUUCAACUUGAUCUCCCUGACUUCCAAGAAGAAGGAGAAGAUGAAGGCACGGGUAGGGGCGGAGCAGUACAGUAGCGGGGCCAUUGCCUGGCGCGUCUCAGCCCAGGACUUUGCUCAGGGGGUGGAGAUUGAGUGCAUCUUGGCCAUCUCCAAUGAGUUCAUCGUCCUGCUGGACCUCGCCACCAAAGAGGUGGUGUUCAACUGCUUCUGCAGGGAUGUGAUCGGCUGGACUCCUGAUCCCAGCACCCUCCGGAUCUUCUACGGCAAAGGGGACCAUGUCUCCAUCCAGGCCGCAGACAGCAGCCCCGAGGACAUCAAGGAGAUUGUGCAGCGACUCAAGGUCAUGACCUCAGGCUGCGAGACAGUCGACAUGACCCUCAGGAGGAACGGACUGGGCCAGCUCGGCUUCCACGUGAAGUAUGACGGGACGGUGGCCGAGGUGGAGGACUACGGGUUUGCGUGGCAGGCGGGGCUCCGGCAGGGCAGCCGGCUGGUGGAGAUCUGUAAAGUUGCCGUGGUGACGCUAUCCCACGACCAGAUGAUCGACUUGUUGCGGACCUCGGUCACGGUGAAAGUGGUCAUCAUUCCGCCCCACGAGGAUGGCGUCCCUCGCAGGGGAUGGGCCGAGUCCUUCGAAAUGAGCAGCAUGGAGCACAAGGCAGAGCUGGAGAGCGUGCCCAUGGGGCACCGCCCUCCGUACCGCAGCAACUCGGCAUGGCAGUGGAGCGGCCCUGCCUCGCACAACCCCUCGCAGGCAGCCAAAUGGGCAGAGCCCCCAACCCUCAGCCAUGCCCAGUCCCUCACGAGGCCCCCCAAACAGGCCUCCAUCGUCCCGUACCGUGAGCCGCAGCCCUUGCCCAGCAAGAGGCCGGUUAGCUUCCCUGAGACGCCACAUGCCGUCUCCUCCUCCUCCUCCCCAGCAGGGGCAGAGAGAGCCCAGCCUUAUCGACAGCCGUCAGGCAGCUUCUCAACUCCAGGCUCGGGAGGAACCGCUUACACCCGCUAUAAGCCAUCCCCAGAAAGAUCUGCAGCCUCUCAACGUCCUUUGCUGCCAUUCGAACAGCUCUAUAGCCCCGAAGUGACCUCGAGCGGUGAUUCCUCAUCCGGGGGGCUCCCCAGUCAGGAGAGCACCAUGGAGAGACACAAGCCGGAGCCCCUGUGGCACGUGCCGGUGCAGUCCCGGCUCCCUGCUGUGACGGGGAGCAGCAUGACCAAGCGGCCCAGCAGACAGGAGCUGGCAGGAAAGGAUUCUCCCAACCGGCCUUCCAAAGGUGAGACUCAGUACUCCAGCCACUCCAGUAGCAACACGCUGUCCAGCAACGCCUCCAGCAGCCACAGCGACGAGCGCUGGUUUGACACACCCGACCCUGCUGAGGGGGAGCCAGACCCCGUCUCCAAGGGGGGCUCCAGCGACAGCGGCAUUGAUACCACGCUCUACCCCAAGCCCCCCCGCCUGGGGCCACAGAGAGACCAGCUGCCCAAAGCCCUGCCGGGCUCUGCCCACUAUGCCAGCCUGCACGAGACAGGGGGGCGGCCUGGGAACAAGAGGAGGGAGCCUUCUGCUGCUGUCAGCGCGGGCAGCCAGAGCCGAGGCUACUGGCCCAAGAUGUACGCAGCAGGGGCCAGUGUGGCCGGGCCUGCUGCAGCCCCCGACCAUGGCAGUGAGCUCUUCAAGCAGCCAAGUAAUUUCAGUUUGCGACAAGGCCGCCCUGCUCGGGGUUACAAAACACCCGUGGCUGAGAAUUCCAGGCCCCCACACAUGUCCCAGUCCAGCUCCUUCCAGCUGUCUGCCUCUGUCCCCAAAUCCUUCUUUUCCAAACAGACCAGCAGGAGCAAGCCUGUGUCGGGGUGGAAGAGAGCCGAGGAGACCCCCACGAGACCUGUGGCCUUCACAGACCCAAAGAAGCAAAUCGACAUGAACACCAAGAACGUCUUUGGGCAGCCCAGGCUGCGGGCAUCGCUCCGGGACCUGCGCUCCCCGCGCAAGAACUACAAGUCCACCAUUGAGGACGACCUGAAGAAGCUCAUCAUUAUGGACGGCUUGGGCCCGGAGCAGGAGAGAGCCAUGUCUCCGCAGAAGACUCUCCAGCGGACGUUAUCAGAUGAGAGCCUGUGCAGCGGGAGGAGAGACGCUAGCUACGCCAACGCCACCUGCUUCGAACAGUCCCUGGCCAGCGACGUCCUCUUCACCAGCACCUAUCCGUCCAACACGCUGCCCAUCCGGCGGCAGCACCCGCAGCCGGACAACGGGGGCCUCCCUGAGAAGAAAUCCACCAUCUCUGCCUCGGAGCUGUCACUGAGCGAUGUGCGGGACAAGCCCACAAGACGCCUCGACCCGGGGCUGAUGCCCCUGCCCGACACGGCAGCUGGCCUGGAAUGGUCCAGCCUGGUCAAUGCUGCGAAGGCCUAUGAAGUGCAGAGAGCCGUCUCCCUCUUCUCCCUCAACGACCCGAUGCUGAGCCCUGCCGCCCCGCCAGCGCACAGCCCAGGCCCCACGCCCUGCACCACGCCCACCAUGAGCGAGGAGCUGCCCCUGGACCUGACGGGGAAGGUGUGUCAGCUGGAGGCCAUGCUGAAGCAGCUACACAGUGACCUGCAGAAAGAGAAGCAGGACAAGGUGGUGCUGCAGGCAGAGGUGGCCAGUCUGCGCCAGAACAACCAGCGGCUGCAGGAGGAAUCGCAGACGGCCAACGAGCAGCUGCGCAAGUUCGCAGAGAUCUUCUCCAGCCCUGUGGAUAAGGAGCUGUGAGCUGCCCCUCUCAGGCACCAGGUGCCAGGCACACCCCGUGCUGUACUCCCAGGCUGCCAGCUGGGUGGGGGCAGCAGUGACCUGGGAGGUGCAGGGCACUGGGGAAGCUUCUGAUGUGCUGGAAGGGGCCUGUCCUUGGAAGGAGCAUUGCCGGCCCUUCCCCACCUGCACCAUGCCCCUGGCACUAUGUGGCUAAACACGGGCAUUUACUGCUCCAUCUCCCUCCACGCAGUGCUGUGUGUCAAGCCAGGGAUCUGUGUCUGUUCUCUGCUACACCACCAGGAUGUUCUUGGGGCGCCAGUGCCAGACAUGGCAUCCCCUUAAACCUCAUGCAAAGAGCACUGCUGGGCACCCGGGCCAGGACAGUGACUUCCUCACCCUGGAGGGGAUCUGACCCGUUGGGGGGCAGGGGAGAUCUUGGGGUUGCAUCGGCCAGGGUGACUAUCUCUGGGGCAUGAACCUUUGCUAAUCUAGGAAAUAUCCCUGUGAAAUGACUUGAUUCCAGCUGUGGGCACUGGAACAGCCCUUCUGCACUAUGCUGCACAGCCUGCAUCUUCUGGCCGGGACCCCUGGCUGUCUGCCACGGACAUAGCACUGUGGGGCUGGACAGGGUCGGUCGCUGUCACGGCUGCUGGGGGGCAGGGUUUCGGGUGUAAAAUAAUUAUAAUGGGACCCAUAGCUGGGAGAGAAUAUAAAAAUUGCCCCCCGCCUCUGCAAGCACCUUCUCAGCGCUAAGUUAUUUUCUAGAGAAGGCACUGCUGAGAGUGGGUCAGGCCCUGCAGGCGGAUUGCCAUGUAAAUGUUCUUUAUAAGACACUAUAUUUGUAUAAAGGAGACGCUUUCUAAGGCU